AUGAUUUAUAUCGUUCGCACGAAAUACAGCUACCCGGAGUUGCUGAAGCGUUACAUUCUCCAGCGACUUCAAGACCGUGUGCAACAUGUCCUGGAGAGACAGCCUCUGGACACAGAUUAUCAGCAGUUUGUUUGCAGGCAGGAGCUUGUAAUAAUCAGCGCCCUGGCUAAUAUAAUAAACAUUUCUGAUUAUGUUAUAUCAGCGCUUACACAUCUAAAUAUUGCCAUACAGCGCCAGAUGGAUAGUGAAGAGGUGUGUGUUACAGUGGAUGUGGAAAGAGGUGGUGGACGUGGACGUCCAAGAUUGACAAUUUCAACAAAUACUCUUAUCCACCUUAUUGAACUUGGUCUCCCUUUAAAAUGUGUAGCCAAUAUAUUGGGAGUGUCUCGAGCAACAUUGUGUAGAAGGAUGGCUGACAACAAUUUGUCAGUUACAGCACUGUACAGCACUUCUACCGAUGAAGAGCUAGAUGUUCUCGUGACAGAAGUGAAGAAUUAUUUGCCAGAUGCUGGAUACAGAAUGGUCCGAGGGGCUCUCCUUGCAAAAGGGCACCGUCUUCAGUGGGACAGAGUCGUUGCAUCUAUGCAUCGUGUGGACAGUGUUGGUGUCCUGUCAAGAAUGACCAACCUAAGGUGCAUGGCUCGAAGAACAUAUAGAGUUCCUUGUCCCAAGUAUAUGGUCCAUGUUGACAUCAACCACAAACUCAUCAGGUACAACAUUGUAAUUUUUGGAGGAAUAGAUGGUUAUUCAAGAAAGGUAGCGAACAAUAAUCACCCUGACACCCAUUUGGCCAUCUUCAGCGAGGCUGUAAAUGAACAUGGCUUUCCACAGAGAGUGAGAGGUGAUCAUGGAGGGGAAAAUGUUGGAGUGGCCCAGCUAAUGUUUUCAGUUCGUGGAACUGACUAUAAUAGCUUCAUUGCUGGUAAAAGCGUACAUAAUCAGAGAAUAGAGCAUCUGUGGAGUGAUGUCUACAUUGGAGUUACAAGUGUUUAUCAAAACAUCCUGCGCACCUUGGAAGAGAAUCACCUGUUAGACAUCAGCAGCAGCAUCCAUUUAUUCUGCUGCCAUUUCGUUUUCCUUCCACGCAUCCAGGCAAGUCUGGAUUACUUUUCUGAUGGGUGGGACAACCAUCCCAUGAGGACUAAACAAAAUCUCACACCCAAUCAGUUGUGGCAAGUUGAUGGGAACAUGGAGAUACCGGCCACUGAAGACGAGGAGCCACAGGCCAUGAUGUUGGACUCCAGCACUGAUACUAGCACUGAUUCAAGCUCUGAUGACUCCAGCUCCAGCUCCACCUCUGACUCGUCGGAUGAGGAAAAGAAGAAAAAGAAACGUAAAAAGAAGAAUGGCAAGAAGAGAAGCAAAAAAAGAAAGAAGGAAAACAAAAAGGUGAAGAGGUCAGGCAGGAAAGGAGAACAGGGAUUCAGGUUCCCGUUUCUGCCAAGUUAUGUGAGCGGCCGGAGGCGUCUGUGGCUUGGCCGCUUUCUGAGGAAAGGCUUGGUGUAUGUCUGUCACUUCCUUGGUCUCUCACCAGGUGGAACAUCUCGGGUUAAGCAUGCAACCAUGGUUCCCUGA